GAAAGGAGCGAGGCCAGGUUAAGAGCUGCUGGCUCGGCCAGAGGAGGGCUCUGCGGCGCCCGAGGUUUUGGUAUGAACAGGAUUCGGAUUCACGUCUUGCCAACCAAUCGGGGGAGGAUUACCCCAGUGUCCAGAUCUCAGGAGCCCCUGUCUUGUUCCUUCACUCAUCGCCCAUGCUCUCAACCUCGUCUUGAGGGGCAGGAGUUUUGUAUUAAACACAUCCUUGAAGACAAGAAUGCACCCUUCAAGCAGUGUAGUUAUGUAUCAACGAAGAAUGGAAAAAGAUGUCCCAGUGCUGCCCCAAAGCCAGAGAAGAAAGAUGGGGUGUCUUUCUGUGCUGAACAUGCCCGUAGGAACGCCCUUGCACUUCAUGCUCAAAUGAAGAAGGCCAACCCAGGACCUAUGGGUGAAACAUUGUUGUGCCAGCUGAGCUCAUAUGCUAAGACAGAGUUGGGGUCUCAGACUCCAGAAAGUAGCCGCAGUGAAGCCAGCCGAAUACUGGAUGAAGAUAGCUGGAGUGAUGGAGAGCAGGAACCGAUUACUGUGGAUCAGACAUGGAGAGGUGACCCUGACAGUGAAGCUGAUAGCAUAGACAGUGAUCAAGAAGAUCCCCUAAAACAUGCUGGUGUCUACACAGCAGAAGAAGUGGCUCUGAUUAUGCGUGAGAAACUAAUUCGUUUGCAGUCUUUGUACAUUGAUCAGUUUAAACGACUUCAGCAUUUGCUCAAGGAGAAGAAGCGCCGGUACUUACAUAACCGCAAAAUGGAACAUGAAGCUCUAGGCAAGUUAUGUGCCAGUUCCAAUAAGCUAUUAUGGAAGUUACAGAAUUCUUGGAAUAUUUGUCAGGAUACAAAUCAGGUUCUCUUCAAAUGCUGUCAGGGUUCUGAAGAGGUGCCCUGCAACAAACCAGUUCCUGUAAGCCUCUCUGAGGAUCCCUGCUGCCCACUGCAUUUCCAGUUGCCUCCUCAGAUGUAUAAGCCUGAGCAGGUACUGUCUGUGCCAGAUGAUCUGGAAGCCGGUCCCAUGGAUCUGUACUUGAGUGCUGCUGAGCUUCAGCCCACUGAGAGUUUACCUCUGGAAUUCAGUGAUGACUUGGAUGUUGUGGGUGAUGGUAUGCAGUGCCCUCCUUCACCCUUGCUAUUUGAUCCUUCAUUAACCCUUGAAGAUCAUUCGAUCAAAGAAAUUCCUGAAGGCCCUGUGGAUAUCUUGGGCCAGAUGCAGAUGGCUGGAGAUGGUUGCAGAUCCCAUGGAUCUCAAAGUUCUGAGAAAGCCUCUGCACCAUUGCCUCAAAGUGGAUUGGGAACUGCAAAUGGGAAGCCAGAACCCACUUCUGUCAGUUGAUAGUUUUUGUUUUGGGAACCAUUUGACUUCAGUGGAUUUAAAUUUCUCAUUUUUCAAACAAAUAUUUCUGAUCAUCUCUCACUAAACAGGGGCAACCCAGACUACAUUGUUUUUCUUAUGGAUUGAGUGCUAUAGUUAACAAAAUUUUGAGAGAACAGACCAAUAGUUUUCAAAAGCUGUGGGUUUCUUCCCAUGCUGAGUAAGGAAGAGAGAGAGGUAAUUCUGGUCAGAGCUUCUGGAAUUAAGUAUUUGGGCCUAGGCCUAAGGGGAAAGACAUCUUUGUAAUGGGAUUUCCUAAGUCAUGGAUAGGAAUCCACAUAGGUGGCCAGGAGGGAGCUGUUUCUGAGUGGUGCCCUUGAGAUAUUGAUGGCCCUAAUGUCUGGUUGUCUCCAUCUAAAGGCCUGCCUUCACCUUUACUUCACUGGGUAGUCUGAACCCCCUUCACCAGUAAACUCCUGACUUUUAUCCUCUGAGAAAAUAACCGCAGGACUGGGCCCUUUUUAACUAUCCAUCUUGCAUCUAACCUGUGUAAAUUUCUGUGGUGGCUUUCUUAUGUAAGAUAUAGUAAAAAAAUUAUUGUAUAUAGUUACUAUUAAAUGUUAAAGGAAAUGUUAUGAAAAUGUAAAAUAGUCAUCUGAAUUGGAUGAAUAUUUUGUUUGUAUUUGAGAGUAUAUCUUCUUUUCUUGGUUUUAGAGUCCUGUCUUUGAUGGGAAGGGGAAAAUGGGACACAUAAUACUUUUACCCCAGGGAGUAAAUAUUCACUAGCUAAUUAUGGUUUUGGUAUGGAAGACAAGGUAAAAACCUGGAAGAAGUAAAUGAAAAAGUGCAGGACUUGGUUAAGCCCACUACUUUUAAAUAUCUUCUUUUAACCUUCCACUCUGUGCACUUUACCCCUACUUGCCUUUUUUUUCCUCACAAUCUAAAAAUUCUCUAGGGCUAGAAACACAUACAAGACAUACAGAGAAAUUGAGCCUGAUGCUGGAUCACUAAGAUAGACAUAGAUAAGCAUUGUCAAGAUUAUUUCGAUGCUAAAUCUUAGGGUAAGUUUAAGGUAGAUGUUAAUCAUUGCAUUAUGAUAAGGAGUCCAAAAAUUUAACUUUCUGUGAGAACUGAAGUGAGCACAGAAGGGUCUGUAACACCCCUGAAAUUGGUACGGACACCGAAGUUCGUAAAUUCAGCCGUGGUAAGUUUUGAGAGGGCCAUAUAUAGCUGGUUUUCUUCCAAGGUCCUAGCUCUUACUAGUUAGAAGGAAGACAGGAGGCUUUUGUAAGAAGGGCCUCAGACUGUACCAUGUCACUGAGAAAGUCUUGGCACCACUAAUGGAGUCCCAAAGCAAAAGCUGCCUGUUAGAAAGAAUGACCUACUACCUCUACUGUGCUGGGUCAUUGAUAGUAGCCUGAGGGAAGUGUGAUACCUCAUAAAUUCAAAGAUGAGGAAGCUGAAGGCUGUGAGUUGACUGCAGGGCUGGUUUUCUUGAAAUCUAAGUGGUAUACUUUCAUGGCUCCUACUGUCUGUUCUUCGUGUUUGAUAUUUUCCUAUGCAUGUUCAUGAUUCCGCAGGAGGCUUUCUCAGGAGAAACUCUGGGGACAAAUUACAACUUCCAUUGCAGUAGGGCCACAACUGGUAGAUACCUACAGAGCAUAGCAUACAGGUCCCACUCAACAUUCUAAAUUCCUUUUGUCCUUGCUUACCAUGGUGGUAAGUCUUGACUUUCCUGGUGAUGUGAACCUAAUUCUCAAGGCCUUUCUUUAAAAAAUACCCAGCAAGGCUCAGGUAUAGAAUACUGAGCCUCUCGUAAUACACCCUUCUCAGGUCUGGGUUGUUGCACAUGUUCAUUGUGUGAAGGAGUACCAGAUUAUACCUGUGCUCUGAAGAGAUGUCUAUAUUCUAAUCCCUCAGAUAACUUUGAAUGGCAAAAGGGACUUUUCAUUUGUGGUUAUGGACAAGGACUUUGAAAUGGGAAGAUUAUCCAGGAUUAUCCAGGUCAGGCCUGUAUGUAUGCACAUGUAUAU